AUGGCCGAUUUCUACAUUCGAUACUACGUAGGCCAUAAGGGAAAAUUCGGUCAUGAAUUUUUGGAAUUCGAGUUUCGACCCGAUGGUAAACUGAGGUACGCCAACAAUUCCAACUACAAAAACGACACUAUGAUUAGGAAGGAGGUGUAUACUCAUCCUUGCGUCAUGGAAGAACUGAAAAGAAUCAUAAUCGACUCAGAAAUAAUGCAGGAGGACGAUUCUCUGUGGCCCCCACCAGAUCGUAUUGGAAGGCAAGAACUGGAGAUAGUUAUCAAAGAUGAGCACAUCUCUUUCACUACUUCAAAGACUGGAUCUCUGGUUGAUGUGAGCCAGUCAAAGGAUCCUGAGGGAUUACGCUGUUUCUAUUAUCUUGUUCAGGACUUGAAAUGUUUGGUGUUUUCAUUGAUUGGUCUGCAUUUUAAAAUUAAGCCUAUAUAA